CCUUAUGAAAUGAAAUGAUGUCUAUUUCCUAUAUAAUAAAAAAGAACAUGCGUCGAUUUGUUUGACCAAAUGUCAUGUGCUAAUAUUGUUCCACAGACUCCUGCCCAAAGCCGUCUGGAAGUAGUUUCAAGUGAAAAAAAUGGAAAAAGUGGUGGCCAGCCGCCCCAAAGAAUGGAUCGAUCGGAACGAGAGCGCCAAAGCGAUGCUAGCUAGGGUUUUAACAGCGCGACCCUUGCUGCUUCUUCCCCCACUUCAUAGGGUUCCCCUACGCAUCGGUAAUGUGGUUGAGCUUGUCAGCACUUCUCCUUCUGCCAAAACCCACAUCCUGAUUCAGGCUGCAGUGAGUUGUGUUCUUCCUAAAGAGUGGAAUGCGGUGCACUAUGAAGGCCUCGACUGCUUGGUAAUGUUCAUUGACUUGGACUGUCGGUUUGAUAUUUUGCGCCUUUCUAAAAUGCUGAAGCAUCGAAUAAAUGGGCAAUCUAAUGGUAAGAAUAUGUACCACCUUCCAUUGUUUGCCGAUAAAAGGGUAAAUCCAUCGCUAAGAGAUACCAUACUUUAGCUUAUGAAUUAUCCUAUUGACCAUCCUCUCACC